AUGUCCAACUCUGAUCGCCUUCCGGAUUACCCGCUCCACUCAGAUUUAGUGAGGAGAUUAAAGUCUGCCCUGGACGCCAGGGAUGAGGAGAGGGUGAGCCACUUGAUCUGCACAGAAGUGGGGCACGUGGACGCCGUGAUAGAACUGGACAAUGAUGACUGGAUGAAGGACCCCGCGGCUCAGCUGCCCGUUGGCGCGCUCGUAGGAGAUCUGAGCCGUCUGCAGCAACUCAUGAACCGCUCCUUCCACGAUGCCAACGUGGUGUUUGAGAUCAAGAAGGAUGAGAUGGAGUGGCAGGUGACAUCCCCAGCCACAUUUGGACUGUCAGGCCUCUGGACCCUAGAGUACAAGCGCGAGCUCACCACCCCGCUGUGCAUCGCUGCAGCCCGCGGCCACACAGCCUGCGUGCGCCACCUGCUCAGCCGCGGUGCAGACCCCGACGCCAGCCCGGGCGGCCAGGGAGCCCUGCACGAGGCCUGCCUGGGAGGCCACACGGCCUGCGCCCAGCUGCUGCUGCAGCACGGCGCCGACCCCGACCUGCUCAGCGCCGAGGGCCUGACGCCCCUGCACCUCUGCCGCACCGCCGCCUCGCUAGGGUGCGCGCAAGCGCUGCUGGAGCACGGCGCCUCGGUGCACUGCGCGGGCGGCGCGGGCGGGGACACGCCGCUGCACGUGGCGGCGCAGCGCGGCCUGGACGAGCACGCGUGUCUCUACCUGGGUUGCGGCGCGCGCGUGGACACGAGGAACGGGCGCGGCGAGACGCCCCUGAGCGCGGCGUGCAGCGCGGCGCGGCGGCCCGACGAGCACGCGCGCCGCCUGCGCCUGUGCGCGCUCCUGCUGCGGCGCGGGGCGGCGGCGGACGCGCGCGACGAGGACGAGCGCAGCCCGCUGCACAAGGCCUGCGGCCACGCGUGCCCGGGGCUGGCGCGCCUCCUGCUGCGACACGGCGCUGACGCGGGCGCGCUCGACUAUGGCGGGGCCUCGCCGCUGGCCCGCGCACUGCAGACGGCCGCCUGCGCUCCUGAGCCCGGCCCGCAGCGCACGGUGCAGGAGCUGCUCAACCACGGCUCCCCAGCCGUGUGGCCCGGCGCCUUCCCCAAGGUGCUGAAGACCUGUGCACCAGCCCCCAGGGUUAUUGAGACUCUUUUCAAUGCCUACCCUCAGCUCCGUGUGUCAGAGUCCUGGAGGGAAGUGAUUCCUGAGGAAGUAUUUCAGAUGCACCAGGCCUUCUACCAGUCCCUCUUGGCCUUGGCCCACACCCCACGCUGUCUGCAGCAUCUUUGCCGCUGUGCCAUUCGGAAAUUAUUCGGCAAAAAGUGCUUUCACCUCGUGCCCCUGUUACCCUUGCCAAAGUCCCUGCAAAAUUACCUCCUUCUGGAACCAGAGGGUGUUUUGCACUGA